AUGACCAUGCUGCGGCACUUGGUCAGUGCGGCAUUGGCUAUCACUGCCUUGGCAAUGCAACCACAGGAUAUGGAGGCGUUGCCUGCAGACGAUGUCUGUGACGGUGAAGAGUGCAGCCUCUCUUUGCGCCAAUUGCGUGGUUUGCAGUCCGAGAGUCCUGUUGCUGAGCACAACGCCUCCGUGAACACCUCCGACAGCAAUACAACCGACAGCGCUGCGGACGUGCCGACCGUGCCGACCGUGCCGACCGUCGAGACCUCCGGCUCCAAUUCCACAGAGACGGGCAAAGAGAGUGCAGAAGAGUCAGAGGCGCCGCAAGCACCAGUCACCGCCAACACCCCGGUGCAAAUCUACGUCCCUGACCCAUCCGAAACCAUCGAACCCAGCGGGGCUGAUGACGAGGGGGAGACUAUCAGCAAAGUCAACGAGACACUGAAGCAGGAUGAGAGGGAGAAGGAAGAAGGUGGAAGUUGCUGCUUCAGCGGGGAGAGCAGCAAAGACACCUGCGGAACUUGCUACCCAAUGUCGAUUGCCUCCUACAAGAGCAAGUGCUCUAGAAAGGUCUCUUGUCUCGGUGAGUGUGCUGGAACCUGGUGUCCAACCAAGUGUGUGAUGAGUGCUGCUGAUCCGGGCAAUAUGUGCGGCACAGCAUUUCCCAAGGGCACUGCCGUCGAAGACAGCUUCUGCGCUUCGUCCAAAGACGCUUGCAAAAGCUGCAAAGGAGAAUGGUGCCGCGCGGGCCACGCAUCCAACUUUAAAGUUGAAGAGGACAGCUAUGGCCGCGAAGAGAAUGUGUACGUGCCACCAGAAGAUACCAAUGGCUUUUGCUGCUAUCGUGGAAACACAUCUGCUGCAGAAGGCAUGUGUGGCGCCUGCGCAGACGUUGCGAAGGAUGAGACGUGCUCCGAGAAGACGCGCUGCGGCGGCUGUGGUGGGACUUGGUGUCCUGGGCCCAAGUGUGUGAAAGCCUACAAGGACGAAGCCAACCCGUGUGGCAGUGCGUAUCCUCUCUCGGGCAUUGCGGCAGCAGAUGACUACUGUUCCUUGAACGAGAAGCAAUGUGCGAGUUGCAAGGGCUCGUGGUGCCCCAUCAGCAACAUCACUUAUUCCGACGGCACCAAGUAUGACCCCAACGAAGGUUGGCAUGCCCAUGGAGACCAGAGACUGACUCCUGAGAAUGCCACAGCAACGGCCGAGGCUGAGGAGGAGGUAGAGAACGAUGACACUAUCUCAGAUCUCUUUCCGGAUGGGCUUGCAGAUCAUGGAGUGCCCUGA